AUGGAUCUUAAAAGGAUUAUCAUCUUUAGCUCUGUAGCUUUGCUUUUCAGCUGGGUUGUUUACUUCAUGAUAAAUCUUCUAGAUAUUUUUGUCGUGACCAAUAAGCAUCACCACGAGACUUGUGAAGUUCUUGACUUGCCGCUAGCUCCUGAAGAUAUAGAAAUCUACGGAAGCGUCAUUAUAGCAGCUUUAGAUGAUAGAAUUCCUCAUAUGUUUAGGCACCAAGACAUGAAAAGCGCUAAGCAAGGUCUUCUAGUCUGGAUUGAUCCUAAGACUAAGAAAUGGGCUGAAAUCCCUAUAUCAAAUUUCCCAUCUGGAUUACCAUUUCACCCUCAUGGGACUUUCCUAUACAAAAACUCAACUUUGUAUAUGGUAAAUCAUGCUCUUGGGCAGUAUGGAGAAAGAAUUGAAGUGUUUUCUUUAGUAGAAGAUGGAGACAGGAACAUCAAGGCAACUUACUUAAGAUCUGCCGUGUUUCCUGACAAUUGGCAUGGGAUAAUUAAUGAUGUCGUCGUCUACAAAGAGGGACAUUUUUAUGCAACCCAAUGGAUGCCAAUUCCAGACACUCCAGAAGGCCGCGAUCAUUCUUUCUUGACAUCUUUCAUCAGAACUGCCAAAAUGUUCUUCUAUAAAAACUCCUACGUUUAUUCUUGCUUUGAAAAAGAUGGAAAAGCUGAAUGCACACCUCAGCACAUUGCCUAUAUAAAUAACGGAGCAAAUCUGAUAGGAAACCAGCUUCUAGUAGCAGAUACAUAUCCAAGCGUCGUGAAUAUUUAUGAUAUUCAAAGUGAUAUGAGCUUGAAAUAUGUAGAGUCUGUGAAAUUCCCUCAUCAUUUAGAUAACAUUAGCAUUGAACCUAAUGGAUCAGCUUUGGUGGUAGGAAUUACAAGAAUGGUUGAAUUUGUGAUUUUAACUGAAAAUCUAAAGGCUGGAAAACCAAAAAGUGUAAUGGGAAGUGGAGUGAGCAGAAUGAGUAAGGUUAAUGGCAAGUGGGAAGUCAAAGAACUGCUAAUGCAGGAUACACUUUUUGCGAGUGCAGCAAUUAUUUUGGAUGAUACAAUACUUAUUGGAAGUAUUAUUGAUAAUGCUGCCUUGGUUUGCAAAGUAAAAUCAUAA